AUGAGGCAGCAUGUAAAUACAGUCAUGGACACUCUUGAGCUGUCGCUCCUCCGUGAGCAGCACAAUGGGGUCCUAAGGCAGUGGAGUUACGAUGGGAAGUUGGAGAUCGGCAAGCCUGUAACAGCUGUGAACUGCAGGAUGUCCAUAAGGUCGAGGUUCAGUCGGGUUGAGGUGUUGGGUCGUAAGAGCAACAGCACUGGUAAUCUGGCUGUCAAAGGAGUAUCGGCUCAAGAGCACUCAGAGAUGGCUCGGGGUGGCUCUUCGGAUGCCUAUCCGGCACUGCGGCAGACUAGCGCAACGCUACUACCGGUUUAUGAGCAGCUGAUGCAGACGCGCGAUCAGAGGCCGUUGAUGAUGCUUCGCGAGAAGGAAAAACAAGAAAGAAUGAACCUUAGACGAAACUUGCCUACACCAAUACAUGGUGACGAUGGCUGUGGAAAUCACACUCGUUCGGUGAAGGAGAUGAUUGCGCUACUGCGUCCAGUACCAACUAAACGUCGACUUGAGGGGGCCUCGGAGAUGAGGAGCCUAUAUAACAACCGUGAGGGUCGCCGCCGUCUUAUGGGAGCAGGCUAUGACAGUGAUGAGGCUUUCAUGAUGAACUCCGUCGAUGAUGAGUCUUUGGUGAACUUCAUACGAGCUGUCAUCGCCUGUGGAGAGGAACUGCCGGGAGACUUACUCAAAAAAGCCGCUCAGAGUGUCCCGAAUGAGGAACUUGCUGGUCUCCUGAGCAAUCCAUGGGAAGCCAGCCUUGCGAAGGUAUUCGUAGAAUUGGACAAGAACUGUACAGGCGAACUGAGCGAAGGAGAAUUUUGUGACGGCAUGAUGGAUCUCCUGGAUGGCGAGUAUGAAUUGGGAUGGUUGUAUCGGCUGUUCCUAUGGUUGGACAGUGACCAUCGAGGGUAUAUGGACCUCCACAUGUGCCUCAAAUUAGCAUCAAUUCUGAGACAGAUCGAGAGGACACGACAAAUUGUGGAUUUAACGAGUCCGAGGCAGAGUGUCGCUUCUGAAAUUGAUAUGGACGAUACACUCUCCGAAGGCGACAGCGAUACAGUGGAUGAGGCCCAGUCUUGA